UAAGGAAGGGAGAGAGGCGCAGGCGGCAGUUGCUGUGGUGUCGGUGCUGAGGUCUUUUCGUUCUUAUGCUAGUGAGCCUCGCGAAUGUAGAGUCCCGCGUCUAAGUCCUGCUGUCUGCGGCUACCAAUUGGGAGGUCAGGAGCGCAGGGUACUUUCUUUGGGCCAGAGCCGGCCCCCUUUUUGGCCUUCGGCACUAAGUGAAGCCAUUUAGGUCAGCUUCCGCGCGGCUGAGGAGAAGGCCGCCGGCGAUAUGUUCAAAAACACGUUCCAGAGCGGUUUCCUCUCCAUUCUCUACAGCAUUGGCAGCAAGCCCCUGCAGAUCUGGGACAAAAAGGUGAGGAAUGGCCACAUCAAAAGAAUCACUGAUAAUGACAUCCAGUCCCUGGUGCUAGAGAUUGAAGGAACAAACGUCAGCACCACAUAUAUCACAUGUCCUGCAGACCCAAAGAAAACAUUGGGAAUUAAACUUCCCUUCCUUGUCAUGAUUAUCAAAAACCUGAAGAAAUAUUUUACCUUUGAAGUGCAGGUACUAGAUGACAAGAAUGUGCGUCGACGGUUUCGGGCAAGUAACUACCAGAGCACCACCCGGGUCAAACCCUUCAUCUGUACCAUGCCCAUGCGGCUAGAUGAUGGCUGGAACCAAAUUCAGUUCAACCUGUCAGACUUUACUCGUCGGGCAUAUGGCACAAAUUACAUUGAGACCCUAAGGGUGCAGAUCCAUGCAAACUGUCGCAUCCGACGGGUUUACUUCUCAGACAGACUCUACUCAGAAGACGAACUGCCAGCAGAGUUCAAACUGUAUCUUCCAGUUCAGAACAAAGCUAAGCAAUAACUGAAAUGCAACUAAAGGAAUAGAUCCUGGAUAUGACUCUUAGUUUAAAGGAAAACUAUCUGGAGGACAAUGCAAAAAACAUAUAUUUAUAUUAGUUCACCGUACUGUGGUUCUUUUAUCUUCUACUUCGCAUCCCUUGUCAUGGACACCAGUGACCGUGCCGUAAUGCCAUAAUUGCAUUGUAAGUACAGUGGAAGAUAAGCCGUCCUUUGAUACAUGAAUGCUGGAGUUUAUCUUGCUGCCUGCCUCAGUGUGUGGGGAGGUACAUUUACCAUGAACUUAGAGAAUUAAGGAUGUCCUAGAAGGCAAUUUCAGACCAAUAUUUCUUCCUACAGUUCUUUGUUUUAUAUAUUACCUAAAUAUAUGUAUAUGCUGUGUAAUACUCAUAAUCCGGAAAUGAAUAAAAUGUUAUAUUCUUGGUUUGUA